GAGCUGACAGGUGAGAGCUGACAGAUACCUGUCCGAGGAGACGGCCCUUCGCAGUUGCUCAGUUUAUGUAAAGAUGACGUCAGCGGACACACUCCGACAUCUCUGCGCGCACAGUGACGUCACACCGCGGAGACAACAAGUGAGCUAGCUGCAGGCUAACGUUAGCUGUUUACCGAGAGUGUGUGUGUUCGCUGUCAAACAGGUGAGGCCGACACUCAGGAGAGCGAAGCUACCUACCACACGGCUAACGGGCUAACGCGCUAACCUGUGGAGGAGAAGAGUCCUGAACAUUAAACAGAGAGAGAGACGGCUUGCAGGAUGCUAAACAUGAUGUUCCAGGACGAGGCCUCCCCCCCGCCGCUGACAGACCUGUGUCUGACCUAUGUGAGUCAGAAUCUUGACCGGUUCUGUGUGAAAAGGCCUGACGGAUCGCUGUGCUUCAGAGAGGCCGUGCUCUUCCCUCAGGAGCUGGCAGACCAGCUGCUCGCCAAGAUGGCGUCUGAAGGUCUGCUCAAUGACAGCACCGUGGGUGUGUUUCGUACCUGUGAGUACCUGCGUCUGAGACGAGCGUGUGUGCGGACGGCUCGUAUCUCUGCUGAGGCCUUCCAGAAAGCUCUGUGUUCUCACCGGCUGCUGGAGUUGGACGCUGCCAGAGUCAACGCAGACCUCACCAUCCCCGACAUCCUGCAGGGCCUGGCUACCAACAAGUACUGCCAGGAGUCCCUGCAGAGACUUGUCCUCACAGGCCUCACCAUGUCAUCUCUGGAGGAGCCGAUCAGGCACCGGUUCAGCUCCCUGCAUGGCCUACGCUCGCUCUCUCUGGCUAACGUGGACUUCUACGACUCGGGACUGGUGGACGUGUGUUCUCUGCCUCGUCUGGAGAGUCUAGACCUGUCCAACACAUCAAUCACCAACCUGAGCCCCCUGCUGGGUCUGAAGGAGCGUCUGCGUUCGCUCACCCUGCACCAGCUCAAGAGGCUGGAGAUGAGCACAUCUCAGCUGCUGGGUGUCAUCGGGCAGCUGGACUCGCUGCAGCACCUGGACAUCAGUGAUGAUAAACAGUUCACCUCUGACGUGGCUCGUCAGCUUCUCAGUCAGCCGGGGAUUCUGCCGGCGCUCGUGUCUCUGGACGUGUCGGGGAGGAAACAGGUGACGGACGCAGCAGUCAGAGCAUUUGUGGAGGACAGACCGGGGAUGAGCUUUGUGGGUCUUUUGGCCACAGACGCUGGAUUUUCUGAUGUCCUGUCUGGAGAAGGAAACCUAAAGGUAACAGGAGAAGCCAAUGAGACGCAGAUCUGUGAGGCUCUGCGUCGAUACAGUGAGAGAGAAGGAUUCGUAAGAGAAGCUCUGUUUCACCUGUUCAGCAUGACGCACGUCAUGGAGACGCCACGAGCUGACAUCCUCAAGCUGGUGGUGCUGGGGAUGAAGAAUCAUCCGGCCACGCUGAACGUGCAGCUAGCAGCGAGUGCGUGUGUGUUUAAUCUGACAAAACAGGACCUGGCUGCAGGGAUGCCGGUCAGACUGCUGAGCUCUGUCACUCAGCUGCUGCUGGAGGCCAUGAGGACGUUCCCCAACCACCAGCAGCUGCAGAAGAACUGUCUGCUGUCUCUGUGCAGUGACCGUAUCCUGCAGGAGGUACCCUUCAACAGGUUUGAAGCAGCCAAACUGGUGAUGCAGUGGCUCUGUAACCAUGAAGACCAGAACAUGCAGAGGAUGGCCGUGGCCAUCAUCUCCAUACUGGCUGCAAAGCUGUCCACAGAGCAGACGGCUCAGCUGGGAGCAGAGCUGUUUAUCGUCAAGCAACUUCUUCAAAUCGUUCAUCAGAAGGCGACUCAGGGCGUGGUGGACGCCACGCUAAAGUUCACUCUGAGCGCGCUCUGGAACCUGACUGACGAGUCGCCGACAACCUGCAGACACUUCAUCGAGAACCAGGGCCUGGACCUAUUUAUCAAAGUCUUAGAGUCUUUCCCCAACGAGUCCUCAAUCCAGCAGAAGGUUCUGGGCCUGCUGAACAACAUAGCGGAGGUGGGGGAGCUGCACGUGGAGCUGAUGGUGCAGAGUUUCUUAGAUCACAUCAGCUCCCUCCUGCACAGUCAGGAGGUGGAGGUGAGCUACUUUGCAGCAGGGAUCCUGGCUCACCUGACAUCUCGAGGAAAGGACUCCUGGACACUGAGCCCUGAACUAAGAGCAUCUCUGCUCGAGCAGCUGCACGCUGUCAUCACUAAGUGGCCCCCUCCUGAUUGUGAGAUGGUGGCGUACAGGUCCUUUAACCCUUUCUUUCCCCUGCUCGAGUGUUUUCACACCCCAGGAGUUCAGCUGUGGGCAGCUUGGGCCAUGCAGCAUGUCUGCAGCAAGAACGCCGCGAGAUACUGCAGCAUGUUGCUGGAAGAGGGAGGUCUGCAGCAGCUGGAGCUGGUUCAUACACACCCACAGACACACAAAGACGUCCGUCUGCUGGCGGGGAGCAUCCUGGAGAGUCUGCAGCGCCACCAAGCACGCACUGGCCAGCACGCACACACACACUGCAGCCGCCACCUGCCGUCACCCCAGUGACAUCACAGAGAGAGCCUCUGCUGCAUCAGACUCAUCAUGCUGUAGAUCUGUCUGUCAGAGCAGGACGAACGCAGGACUCUUGUGUGUUCAUCAUGCACAUACACACUUUUAUCAAGAAUCUCUGAAAGAAGAAAGACUGAUUCUUUACACACACACUCACACACGCACACACACACACAAACUUUAUUUAUUUCUCUGUGGUUGUAUCAAAACAAAAAGUGUGUGUGAUAAGAACUGAUAUGAUCAGAAGAACUUUGGGUCAGUAAGUUUUUACCUGUUGGUUUUGGCACAACGAUGAUGAGGAUCAGCUGAUUAGAUAUAAACAAACUGUGUGCAGCCCCUUCCACUUUACUCAGCUGCUUCCUGUGUCAGCAGCUGUGUGUGAGUUGUCAGAAGUAGUGGUGUCAAGUCCUCACUAAACCCUACGUGUAAACUACUUAGGUUGUAUCUUGAGUUGGUUACCACGGAGACGUAAGGUUCAUCUGUUACUUGUAGAGCGUAAUGUCCAAACAAAAUAUUGUGUCAGAAAUUAGGUUUGAACUUAGCAGCAUGUUUCUUAAUGCAGUGUUUGUUCCAGUGUUUCCUCUCAUGUAUAAUUGCCUCUGAACAGACUAACGGCUGAAAAUAACUUCUGUUGACUGACAAUAAUCCACAAACUCAAAUGUUUGUCAUAUGUCAAAGCAUUAGGAUGAGGUGAUAACUAAAGCCUACAGACUUUCAAAUUGUCAAAUGACAACAGUGACAUCUAGUGUUAAAAUCUUGAAUUACAACAAAAGGUCAUUGAGCAGUCCUCUUAUUGGAUGGAUGACAUUAUCUGGGUCAUCAAACAUUUCUGAGGGAUGUAAUCCAUCAACGAAAACACACUGACACCAAACAGCCAGUAAAACUGUCUGCUACUCCUCCAAGUUCACCUUUACUAAACCAUCACCAUGACAACCGGACUUUAUGGAGGACAUCACACUUCCUAAGAGCUAGUUGUAAGAUUUAAGGUGCAACUUUCUGCCUGCACUAGAACUAUCUCAGAUGGUGAAACACCUCAAAUGUUCAUAGAGUGUAAACUCUGUCCUGAAUAAGAAAAUAUGUUCAAACUAGACUACGCUUUAACUCACAGAGCUGCUCACACACACACACACACACACACAGCUUGUUGUGAGGAGAUGCUGUCAUUAAGGAUGAAACAAAGUCAUAGGAAAAAAACUUGUAUGGUUAAAUGUAAACAUCCUCUGAAUACAGACAGAUGAUGCUGAGGUCCUCAUCAUUAUGGAUGUACUUUAUUACUGAGUCAUAGUGUGUUUGUCCGUUGUGUCAUAUCUUACACACAGGCAGCACUGCGCGUGUGUGUGUUUGUAGGUAGCUGCAUGUUAAAGAAUGUGUCAUCUGUACAUAAAGUGAAUAAUGUGUUUGUUUAGGAUGCAUGUAAAAAAAAACUCUAUUGUUUCUGAUAAAGAAGAGAGGAGGGCAGGGUGUAGUUGAUCAGCUAUACCUGUAUCAGAAACACCCGAUACAUUCUUAAUUGAAAUAUCAGGUAUAGCCCAUCCCUUUAUUCUGUAUGACGGUACAGGUUGUCAAAAUGUUUCAUACUUCGAUACUUUUGAUACCACCUGUUUUAAAAUGAUACAAUCUGUUUUAUGAUCUAGUAUCAGAAAGUCCUAAUAGUUUAAAACUACAUCUAUGAAUAAAACAGGUGUGUAGGAGAAAAACGAAAAAAAAGAAAACACCCGCACACUGUCUACAUUGCACAAAACAGUUGCAAAAAUUUCAGAAAAAAUUUAAUCUUUGCAAACGUGUGGGAUUAAGAUUAGCAAUUUUUGAUAAUUAAAACUUGUUUGUUACUGUGUUAGAGUCAUAUCAAAGUGUAACACUCUGGCAUGGUGACAGCAGGAAGAACAGGUGAGACAGGUAACAUGUCUGUUAGUGGAUGAAGAUGACAUCAGAGAUGAUCAGCAACUCUGAUGUCAUCACAGGGAAACAGCUCAGAUGGUUUCAUAGGAUGGAUCAUGUAGAGGAGCCCCCCUUAUGAUGGUGGUGAUGAUGAUGAUGAUGAUGAUGAUAAUGAAGACCAGUUAAUUCAGGCUGUGUGUGUGUCGUAUGCUGAGUGUGAUUAAAGUCCUGAAAUAAAGAAUGUACAUUCUGAUAAA